CCCCCUCAGUAAACUCAAACACAGAAGUGAAAAUCAACAAGAGAAGUGAGACUUGGGGGACAGAAACAGUGGCUUUCUCCUGGAGAGAAAUGACAGACUUCACAGUCAAAUGGCGAGAUUAAGAGAAACUCACGUUAAGGUGGGACUUUGGAGCAUGCAGGAUCAAAGUGGGGGCUGCGUGCAGGUGGAGCGGCGCAGCAGAGACUUCCCUGUUGUUCUGCGUUGGUAUGCGUCGCCUCACCUGCCGGGCCUGUUUGCUCUCCGGUCUGGUUGCUCAGCCCAUGACAAUAAUAGAGCCACCGCACCAACACCCCCUGGGAAAAAUAUCACAGAUGCCACAUCAUUUACUUCUUACACGCACGGCGGGUUUGACUUGACAAGUCUAGCAGGUUCACACGGCAUCAUGUCAGAGUGUGAAUAAAAGGGGAAGGAGGGGAAACUAAGUGCAUGUGAAAAAAAACUAUUAUUUUUUUUCCUCCUUAUCCCUAUAUGAAUGCUUUUUAAACCAUUUAACUGGGCUAAAUGGACAUUUGCAGGUCGUAAACAGCUGGGAUUUGUGCGUCAGAGAAGAGGACAGAUGAGAUAAGAAAUGUAAACACAAUGGUGGGUGUGUCCAAGGCUGUCUUUCCUUUCACACACUCUCAGGUCAUAUAUAAACCCUGCUGAACUUGGUGCUGCCCACACACACUGUGACACACCUGCGCACUUGACCUGUCUGGUGUUGCUGUGUGAAGAUUUCUCACAUUUGGACUGCAAACAAAGUUUCUUUCCUUCCGGGAAUCGUGGACUUCAACCUCACCUCUGGCCUAUUAAGAGGCCAGAGGUGAGUCUUCAGAGCAAAAUAAAAACUACGGGAAGCGUUGUGACUGUUGGGGUCAGUUUGGGCGGGAGACGGCCGGGCCGACGGAAAUCCGGGCGCGAUGAUGCAGGAGGUGUCCAUGGUGACGGCCUGCGAUGCCAACGCCAUAGAGCAGAUGAGUGAAGAGGAGAUCCUCGCCUGUCUGGUUGCUGACACGGGGCCUACGUUCAACGUCCCCACGAAGAAAGUGAAACUCGGGGAAAGUCGGCUUCAGAUCAUGGACGAUGACCCUGUGGACAAAUACUUGAAAGAAAACCGGCGGCUCCAGCAGGCCAGCCUUCGCCUGGAGCAGGAAAACGAUAGCUUGGCCCACAGACUAAUCACCAGCAAGGUUGCUUUGAGGAAUUGUCUAAACGAGGCAGAAGACAGAGUAGAUGAGCUAACCAAAGACCUUCUUAAGAUCCAACAUCGACUGCAGGCAACUGAAGAUGAGAAAAGAGGCAAAGAGGAAGAAGCUGCCAUGCUGAAGGAAGUGUUUCGGAGAGAGCUGGAGAGGGCCGAGCAGGAGAUUAAAAAGUCGUCCGGUAUCAUCUCCGACUACAAACAGAUCUGCUCUCAGCUGACGUCUCGUCUGGAGAGGCAGGAAGCCGCCCACAGAGAGGAGUUGGAUGCACUCAAGAGCAAAGUAGAGACUUGCUCCCAGUGUCGACACGUUGCAGAAUCCAUCCCCGCAGGUCACAGCGCAGACACGCCGGUGCGAGUGGAGACCCAACCGGGCGGGCAGGAGUCCGACGAAAGCCCCCGACAGGAAGACGGGAACAGGAAGGACCAGGAGAAGGAGUGUCUGAAGGCCCAGAUCAGAGAGCUGGAGAAGGAGCUGGCCCAGACCAAGCUGCAGGUGGUGGAGGCCAACUGCAAGAUCCAGGAGCUGGAGCAUCAGCAGGGAGUCCUGGCCAACGAUCUCCAGGAAGCAAAACACAACUGGAUCAGCAAGGCCUUGACGUCGCUGCGGACCUCCGCGGGGGGACACCACAGCGUCGGCGUGCACAGAGAGGGCCUCCCCACCCUGAACUGGAACCUCCACAGCUCCUCCCUCUCAGGAUGGAUUCCUAAGAAGAUGUCAUGGUCUCACAAAGACAACACAGAAAACGUCUGAAUGGCUGGACCGCGUGUGUGUGCCGGCGACAUUCAUCAGGAGUCGAGAUGACAAACGCACAAACACGGACAGAGAGGUACCUGGGAGUACAGGCGAUGAUGUCACAGAGACUUUCCAUCAUUUUAAAUCUGCCAUAACUUGUGAAUAUUUGCAUAUUUUCUUCAUCUAAUGUCAAAUACAUCUUGAACUGUAAGAAAAAAAAAACAUUCAAUAAAAUUCUUGUGAGCUUCUUA